AUGGGAGGCGAAUUGUUCACAAACCUCAAUUUCUUGGUCAUCCAGGAGGAUGAGGCAUCAGAUGAAUCAGUUAGUGAACUUAUAAGGCUGCUCAAUGAAAACUCAUCGAAUAGAUGUGAAAUAUACAAAAAUCAUGGAGAAGAGAGUGAUUCUGGUACCAAGUUAGAUUCAAAACAGUUUAUAGAUCGUUAUGGCGAUGUAAUAUUCCAUUUUGUUAUUUCAAAUACGAUUGAUUUUGCAUUUUAUGAAACUAUUACUGCAGACUUCUUAGUACCUGUAGUGACACCAGAUUGGAUACAUUCGAGCUUAUCAGCAGGUAGGUUAUCUAGAGUUUCAAUAUUUUCACCAAAUAAAGACCAUUUUUUGAGAAACAGUUUGAUAUAUAUCUCCAAACAUGAUUUCGAUAACUCUGAGAGACUAUUUUAUAGAGAACUUAUAACAUAUUUAGGUGGGAACUAUUCGGAAGGUAUUACCAAUACAACUACUCAUAUAAUUACUACAAUGCCCAAUGAUCCUGCACUUUUGACAGUUUUAGGGUAUAAACACGAUAUAAGAGUUCAAUUCGUAUUUCCAACGUGGUUAAUUGCAUGUUUCAAGCAGAACAGACAUGUUUUAGAAAGAGACCAUUUUAUUUCUCCCAUGGAUAGUAUAGGUACAGCUAAGGAGAGAUUAGAAUCAAUAUGGAAGAUAUUGAAUAGGCACAGUGCUGAUCAUACAUCGACAGUGGACAAGUUUAUGUCGGGACAUUCUUUCCUAAUUGGAAAAGAUGUAUCUUCUGAUAAAAAAAUAAUAAAUAUCAUAACAGAAAUCAUCACUUCUAGAGGAGGUUUAAUAUUAGAUGAAUCUGAAAUUAAUUUACUCUCUAGUAAUUGCCAUUUCAUGGGAUAUCAAGAAGGAACAGAAGAAUAUAAGACAGCCUCAUCAAAAAAUUGUUCUCUAGGGAAUGUAUCAUGGCUCUUUUAUCUUUUGAAUUUAAAGAAAUUCCAGAAACCUGAAAAUAUAAUGUACCAUCCUUAUAAGAAAUCAGUAUUCAAUAAAGAUGAACUUAUUCUAACAUAUACAAAUCUGUUUGGACCUCAAAGGACAUAUAUCAAGACGUUAACCAAUGCGUUAGGAGGAGUGACUACUGCGACACUAUCACAUAUUAACAAUUGUUUAGUUUAUGGUAUUCCAGAAGGAAUGAAAUAUAAAACAGCAGAGAAAUGGGGAGAUAAGUUGAUAAUUGUGGGACCAAAUUGGCUAGAAGAAUGUUAUAAAGCUAAUAAAAAGCUAGAUCCAAAAUUAUUUAGAAACUAUAUUGUUCCUGAAUCAUUCAUAGGUGCAUUAGGACAAAACCGUACUUUAGCUAGUCCUGCUCCAAAUGUAGAAUCUGAUGCAGUAACUGAGUUGUCAAAAGAAUCAUCUAAAGUUGAAGAUAUCUCUUCUCAGAGUCCGAAGUAUGUUGCAACUGAACUGGGUAGUCAGACAGAAGAAAAUUCAAAUGAUGUGAUCCAUGAAGAAAUAAUUGAAAUAUAUAAUGAUGAACUUAAUAAUACAAUAAACAAAACAGAGGAACCAGAAAAGGAUGAAGUGAAAUAUGUCUCACUUGAUACUGAAAUUGACAUUCAAACAGUUCAAAGCCCUACAAAAAGCAGAGAUGAUUUAAAAAGUGAUGAACAAAUUAAACAUUCGAAAGAUAUUGUAAAACAGGGAAAAAUGGGAGAAGUUUCAGCAAAAGAUGCUAUUUACAUCACUGGUGCAGAAGUGAUACCACAAUCAAAUGAAGAGUUAAUUCAGAGAAGAACUAAAGAAGUUACAAAUAAUGAAAUGCACAUUAAUGGAGAAGAAAAGCCUUCAAUUGAAAAAGAAGUAGUUGUAAAACAAGUAGAAAUCAUUUCAAUAGAAGAGUCUAAACCUGAAAAUGUUAAAAGCACAUUCGAUGCAUCAAGUGCUCCAUUAUUAGAAGAAACUUUCACUAAAUCGUUAGAAGUUGAAAAAAAGUCAAAUGAUGAAUUUAUUGUGAGUUCAGAUCAAAUACUAAUAAAUGAAGAACCAUCAAAUACUUCUGAGAUUCCAGUUGAAUCUCAAAAGUAUUUGGCAAGCGAUUCCCCAUUAUCUUUAGUUACAGACGCAUCUGCUAACUUGUCAUUUCUUGAAUCAGUUUCAGUAGUAGAAUCGGUAGACAGAGAUUCAGGACAUAGUGAUGUUUCCAAUGAAAGCAGAUUAACUCAGGGUAAGAGGUCAAGACAUACUAGGUCACAAUCAAUCAAGCACGAAGUUGAAGAAAGAACAAGAAGUUCUAAACGUGCCAAAUCACAAGCUAACAUUGAAGGUUCAAUAACAGGUAUACCGGGAACAAGCGCUGAUAAUCUCACCAAUGCCAUAACCAUUUUAACUGAUGUUUUAGACAAAGAUACCUUGGAUCGAGUUUUAAGAUGUAUGGAUGGGAGCCAGUCGACUGAAGAGAAUAUCUACAAUAUUAGAGCUGUUUGCACUGGCUGUUUGGAUAAAAUAAAUGAAAUUGAUUUAGUUAUCUUAAGAUUGAUAGGUAUUUAUAUUUAUAACGAAGUCGAUGAGAUGUAUCAAUUAAAUACGAUUAUCGCCCCGAAGAAGCUCAGAACAGUCAAGUUUCUCAAGAGUCUAAGUUUCACACCUUUGCAAAAUGCCUUACUGCCUGAUUUUGUAAUGGCCAUAUUAGACAGAAUCCACCAUAGAAAACCAGCUAGCAUAGAAUUCGAUCUAAGCCAGUUUACGAUACCUGAUAUCGAUAUCACAACAAUCCAAAAGAAAUCAGCAUUAGGAACCAAACUAUUCGAAAGGGCAAAAAUCAGACAUAUUAACAUAGUCAGUGAUAUCCCCGGAGGUAUUAAUGCCAUUACAUCUAUCCUAAAAGUACAUGGCAUCGAAACGGUGAACGUCGUAUCUAACAAGUUUACCAUUCAAGAGCUUAAGCUAAACCGAGCUUCACCAAGCCAAGAAGGAGAUGAAGGUGAAGAUGAGAACCCUGUGGUUCCGGCAUAUGUUUUGAUAUCUAAUAAGGCAACCCAAGUGAAACGAUUUAAAACUCAAUUAAAGAGCAAUAACAUUACAAGAAAUAAAACGGGGUUAGCAGUGGAAUGGGAUUGGUGUGUCAAAUGUCUAUUUUCGCUAACAGUUGACCUAAACGAUCCAACAGGCAUCGAUUACAAAAGCUUUUGA